UGUACCUUCAACACACCAGGAGACUGGAACUCAGGACAUGUCGGGGUACCUCUGCCUUGCAAUCUUGUUAAGCUUGUCGAUGUCGAGGAGCUGAACUAUUGGACCCACAAUGGAGAAGGAGAGAUAUGUGUGAAAGGAACAAAUGUAUUUAAAGGUUACUUGAAUGAUGAGGAAAAGACGAAAGAGGCCCUGGACAGUGAAGGGUGGCUUCACACCGGAGACAUUGGGAAAUGGCUGCCGGCUGGAACGCUUAAAAUUAUUGAUCGGAAAAAGCACAUAUUUAAACUUGCUCAGGGAGAAUAUGUUGCACCCGAGAAGAUUGAGAACAUCUACACUCACAGUGAGCCUGUGGCACAAAUAUAUGUCCACGGAGACAGUUUAAAGGACUUUUUGGUGGCCAUUGUUGUGCCCGACCCUGAAGUCAUGCCCUCCUGGGCUCAGAAGAAAGGAUUUGAAGGGACUUAUGAUGAGCUCUGUGCAAACAAGGAUGUGAAGCAAGCCAUUUUGGACGAUUUGGUCAGGUUGGGAAAAGAAGGUGGACUCUGUUCUUUUGAACAGGUUAAAGCCAUUCACAUUCACUGUGAUAUGUUCUCAGUUGAAAAUGACUUGCUGACACCAACACUAAAGGCUAAGAGACCCCAAAUGAAAGAGUACUUCAAAACACAAAUAGAAGAGCUUUACUCAGUCUCCAUCUGA